UCCCAAAAUAAAAACCAAAUGAAAUCAUCCUCAAGAAUCCAAACUAAGUGCAUGUAUGCAUGCUUCAUGCUGUUUUCUUUUUAAGCCCCUUUAAUAUUCGAUACUCGUAGUUGGUUCAUAUAUAUAUAAGCCUCAGGCAGCGAGUGUGGCUUUAUAUACAUACAUACAUAUAUAUAUAUAUAUAUAUUUAGUAAAAGCUUUUAAGGAGAGAGAAGAUGAGCAGCAAAGGAAUGGUGCGGGCGAUUUUCCUUGUGGUUUUCGCUGUGUGGUUGAUGAUUUGGGUUAUGCUGCCGACUAAACUUUACAAAAACACAUGGACACCCAACCUGGAAACGACUCUCAAUUCUACUUAUUUUUCAGGACAGGGGACAAACCUUUUGCUAUUUUCUUUCCCCCUGAUGUUCAUAGCUUCUUUUGGUUGCGCUUACCUCCAUUUUCAAAACAAAUCGACCGACUCUUCUAAUCACUCCAAAAGGUUGGGUUUGGACAGUGCUACUGCCUUGUUGAAACGACCGGUGGUGGUAAUGGCUCCCCUUGGAAUUGUUUCUGCAUUGGAGCUAACGUUUGCAGCCAUGUUUGUCGCUCUCUUAAUCUGGUCCCUCGCAAACUACUUGUAUGUCAGCUUCGGAAACCUUCACAUGCACAAAGAAGGCGAGAAAAUAUGGGAAGCUAAACUCCGAAGUGUAUCAUUAAGACUUGGAUACAUAGGGAACAUAUGCUGGGCAUUUCUCUUCUUCCCUGUAACAAGAGGGUCAUCAGUUUUGCCUCUAAUUGGGCUAACCUCAGAAUCAAGCAUCAAAUAUCAUAUUUGGCUUGGACACCUCUCUAACAUCCUUUUUGCUGCUCAUACAAUUGGUUUCAUUAUCUACUGGGCCAUCACUAAUCAAAUGGCUGAGAUGGUGGAAUGGAGCAAAACUUGGGUAUCAAAUGUAGCAGGAGUGAUUGCAAUUGUAAUUGCAAUGCCAAUGUGGGUGGCAAGCUUGCCUCAGUUUAGACGAAUGAAGUUUGAGCUUUUCUUCUACACCCACCAUCUCUACCUUCUCUACAUCUUCUUCUACGUACUGCAUGUGGGCGAUGCUUAUUUCUGCAUGAUCCUUCCUGGGAUCUUCCUUUUCCUCAUUGAUAGAUACUUACGAUUCUUACAAUCCCGACAACGGACCGCAUUAUUGUCUGCACGAAUCUUACCAUGUGGCCUUCUUGAACUCAACUUCUCCAAGACUCCUGGAUUGUAUUAUAAUCCGACCAGCAUCUUGUUUGUGAAUGUCCCUAGAAUUUCGAAGUUACAAUGGCAUCCUUUUACAGUUUCUUCCAAUUGCAAUAUGGAGACUGAUGAGCUUAGCGUGGUGAUCAAAUGUCAAGGAAGUUGGUCUGACAAGCUUUACAAAGAACUCGGUUCAUCUUUGGAUCGUCUUCAAGUUUCAACUGAAGGGCCCUAUGGGCCUACUUCUUCUCAUUUUCUGAGGCACGAGUGUCUGGUAUUGGUGUCCGGAGGCAGUGGCAUUACUCCCUUUAUCUCCAUAAUCCGAGAGAUAAUUUUCCAAAUCCAGAAGCCAAAUUUCAAGGUUCCACGAGUUAUUAUGAUUUGUGCCUUCAAGAACUCAGCUGACCUUGCAAUGCUAGAUUUGUUGCUUCCCAUCUCGGGUGCUCCUCCACAAAUAUCCCAAAUACAAUUGCAGAUUGAAGCAUAUAUCACCAGAGAGGAAGAGCAGCCAAUGACUGAAACCCACAAACCUCUACAAACAAUAUGGUUCAAGCCAAGCCCCUUAGACUCACCCAUUUCUGCAACACUAGGCCCCAACAAUUGGUUAUGGCUUGGGGCAAUAAUUUCAUCCUCAUUCCUUCUGUUCCUUCUUCUUUUGGGCAUUGUCACUCGUUAUUAUAUAUACCCUAUAGAUCACAACACUGAACAAAUCUACCAUUUCUCUUAUAGAGCACUCUGGGAUAUGUUUCUUGUUUGUGUUUGCAUUUUCAUUGUUUCUAGUGUAGUUUUCUUGUGGUGCAAGAAACAAAAUGCAAGGGAAGGGAACCGAAUCCAGAUUAGAGAAAUAGCAACACCAGUAACAUCACAAGGGGUGUCGCCAUGGUUUUCUGGUGCAGAACUCGAAAGCCUUCCUCAUCAGUCCCUCGUCCAAGCUACCAAGGUUCAUUUUGGUUCAAGACCUGAUUUCAAGAAAACACUACUAGACUUAAAAGAAUCAGAUGUUGGAGUUCUUGCGUGUGGGCCGAGGAAGAUGCGGCACGAUGUUGCGAAAAUUUGUGCGUCUGGAUUGGCACAGAACCUGCACUUUGAGUCCGUUAGCUUCACUUUAUGAUGAACAUGUAUAUGUUAUUUGCCGAAUGCAAGACAUGAUUAUUUACUAUAGUAUUGUGUAAUUCCAUCAUUGUAUAAACACAAGCACUGCGAUCUCCAUGAAAGUUAGUAAUUAAGACUUGUUUUCUCUAA